AUGCCGCCUCUCAAGAUCUCAAACGUUGCCAUAAUAGGAGCUGGUCCAGCUGGUCUGGCGGCUGCGAAAUACCUUCUAGCAGAGAAAAGUUUCAAUACAAUCAGGAUAUUCGAACAGCGUAGCGUUGUAGGUGGCGUAUGGAACUACACGCCCAACAAUGAGCCGGAUGAGACAUUCGGGAUACCACAGACGAGCCCGAAGGGUAAGGUCGAGAAGCCUGUAUGGCUCAAGAGUGGUAGCAAGGGUGGUUGGAAGGUUGACACAGUCAAUGGCGUGACUCCUGAAUCGCGUCACGACAACGUUCCUAUGUUUAUUGCGCCGAUAUAUGAAACGCUGGAGACAAACAUCCCUCAUACAUUGAUGCAGUAUUCCGAUAAACCAUUCUCGAAAGAUACACAACUGUUUCCGAGACAUGAAACUGUACUACAGUACUUGGAGGAGUAUGCAGAUGAUAUACGUCACCUGAUACAUUUCGAUACGCAAGUACUGAAUAUAGCCUUGGUUCCAGCAACGAGCCAACAUACACAUGAUCAGUGGAGCAUUACGGUGAGAAACGUGAAGACAAAGCAGCAAAUGACGAACGUUUUCGAUGCUGUGGUGGUUGCAAACGGUCACUAUAAUCUUCCUUAUAUACCUGAUAUACACGGUAUAAAAAAUUGGAAUAGGAGUCUGCCCGGCUCUAUAUCCCACUCCAAAUACUUCCGCCGUCCGGACGAAUUUGCUGGAAAGAAAGUUAUAAUCGUUGGCAAUUCUGCGUCCGGGAUAGAUAUCGGCUCACAGAUCGCCACUGUGUGCAAAGGGUCCCUGAUAAUCUCGUCCAGAUCAGAAUCGUAUCUGACACCAGCGACACCAAUGUCCAAUAAGCUUGACCUCCCAACCAUCUCAGCACUUGAUCCUAAUGGACGUACGGUAAUUUUCUCAAAUGGUCAUAUCGAAAGUGAUGUGGACAGUAUUGUGUUUUGCACAGGGUAUUUCUACUCCUAUCCCUUUCUACACGGCUCCAUACAGCCACCCCUAAUCGAAGAUGGGACCCACGUUGUCAACACUUAUCAACAUCUCAUAUAUCGACAACAUCCGACUCUUGCUUUGCUUGCUUUACCCCAAAGAGUCAUCCCGUUUCAAGUCUCCGAAGUUCAAUCCGCAUUCUUGGCACGCAUCUAUUCUGGUCGCCUGGAGCUGCCUUCCCAAGACGAAAUGAAGAGGUGGGAAGAGGCAGUGCGUUCGAAACAAGGUGAUGGAGGUGAAUUCCAUGUCUUGCAUUUUCCGAAAGACGCAGAAUACAUCAAUAUACUGCAUGAUUGGAGCGCGAAGGCUGAGAGUAGAGCGGGACUAGAGAAUGAUGGAGCAGGAAAAAUUCCACCAAGAUGGAAUGAAUGGGAGAAGUGGUGUAGGCCUAGAUUCCCGGAGAUGAGGAAAGCAUUUGGAGCUCAGGGAGAUAAAAGGAGGAAUAUCACGACACUGGAUCAGAUCGGCUUUCAUUUUGAACUGGACGGUGACAGGUAG